GUGCUCCUUUUCGCGCUCCUCCUCCUCCUCCUCCGAAUGUCUGUCGUCUGAGCUGUCUCCUUCUCCCUUGGUUUGUUUCGUUGUUUGUCGUCACUGUCGCAAGUAGGAGGAGGUGUCUGCUAACAAUGGAGCACCAACCUCUUUUGCAGCGAUAUCGCCGUGAUCGUCGUAAGCUCUUAGAAUUUCUCUUGUCGUCGUCGGGUCUCGUCACGGAGCUCCGGACCCCGACCGGGUCCGCCGCCUCGCUUUCCCACAUCGAUUUUGAUACUCUCAGCGCCGAUUAUGUCCUCGACUGCGUCAAAUCCGGUGGAGUUUUGGAUAUAUCUGAAGCAACCAAGAAGUACUUCCAUGAAUCUUCUUACCCUCUCAUGAUUCAUUCCCAAUUAGGCAAUUCCUUUUUUCUACUUUCUGAUCCAGAAUUAUCUGGAUCACCUCCUCGGCGUGUGCCUUCUCCCAUAAAUGUGAACCGAACCUCCGAGAAUGCAUCAAGUUCAUCCACCCAGAUGGAUUCUUUGAAUGUUGAGGACAUUGCAAAGGCUGGUGAUUGCUAUGGUUUUAAAGAUAGAGCCAUGCCGAGUGCACCUCCGAAGCCUGUUAAAGAUGUUACGAACAUGUCAUUGGGAUUGCCUCAUCUGAACACAGGAUUGUCGGAUGAUGACUUGCGGGAGUCGGCCUAUGAAAUAUUGCUUGCAUCUAUGGCAACUUCUGGGAUUGUAAUAUGUUCAAUUGAGGACAGAAAGAAGCAAAGGAGUUCCAAAUUGCUGUCCCGAUUGAAGAGUAGAAAGGAUACAGCAAAUGUGCAGUCUCAGCCUCUUGAAAGACAUUUACAGCUCCUCAACACCAUCCGUGUGCAAAUGCAGAUUUCAGAAGCGAUGGAUGAGAGCACUAGGCAAAAGUUGAUGCUGUUAGCGUCGGGGAGAACACGGGUGCAAAUCGAUGUUCCUCAAGUUUUGAUGGGGCUUUUAAAUGGAACUUUUAAGUCUGAUUUUCCAAAUGAAAAAUCUUAUUUGCAAUGGAAGAAUAGACAGGCAAGUAUCUUAGAAGAGCUUCUCUGUUUUUCUGCUAAUCUUGUAGCACAUGAUCAACAAGCUAUUAAGCGCUCUCUAGCUGUGGUCAGAAAUUCGAAGGAAUGGGACUUUAUGUCUCUAUCUGAACGGGCAGAGGUUCUAUCAGUUAUCAAAGAGGCGGCCUUGAAGUUUUCAUCUCUUCCAGGACACUUCGGUAUCCAAAGUGAGACCUAUUAUUGGACUUCUGGGUAUCACCUGAAUAUUAGACUUUAUGAAAAACUACUUCUUGGAGUGUUUGAUGUUCUUGAUGAAGGCCAGCUGAUAGAGGAAGCUGAUGAUUUCCUGAUGCUUAUAAAGAUGGCAUGGCCUACUUUAGGCAUUACUCAAAAAAUCCAUGAUGCACUAUAUGGGUGGGUUCUUUUCCAACAGUUUGUUGCGACAGAUGAGCCUGUGCUGUUGGAAUAUGCAACACUAGAGUUGCAGAAAAUUAUAUCAGCUGAAGAUGAUGAUGAGAAGUUGAGGCUAUAUAUGAAUAGCCUGUUAUGUUCAAGGCAAUGCAAUGGCAGUGAGAUAAAGCUUAGUUUGGUAGAGGCUGUCUUCUACUUGAUAAGCAUCUGGUCCGAGAGUAAAUUGGAAGAUUAUCAUCUGCAUUUUAGUCAGCAACCUUGUCACUUAAAGAAGGUAUGGAGCUUAGUGUCAGUAGUUGGCAUUCAUACUUUCCGCGAUGGUGGUGAUAUGAAGUUGAGCAGGUUGAAUAUUCUCGAUGAGGAUCCUUCUACAAUAUUUGAAUCUUAUGUGAAAAGGUCCAUUGAAGCUGCAUACAGACGGGUAGCAAGUAACAUAGAUCAGUUAUCCAAAGUGGAAAAGAAACAUCCCUUAAAUGUGCUUGCAAAUGAACUGAGGUUGAUUUCUGAGAGAGAGUUCAAUGUGUUCUACCCGAAGCUAUGUAAAUUGUGUCCUCAAUCUGUGAUGAUCGUGGCUAUGCAAUUGCACCGGGUUUAUUGGGAAAGACUGAAAUCAUUUAUUGAUGGAGUAUCAUCUCUUUCUGAAGAUGUUAUAUCGGUGCUUCCAGCUGCUCAUUUAUUGGAUCAAGGCCUAACUCAGCUAUAUAAUAUUGGUAAUGGAGCAAACAGCGGAGAUCUGCACCAUUAUCCGAUUGGCGAGGUUGCUAAACCUAUCAUUCUUGAUUGGGUGAUUGCUCAGCAUGCACGUAUAUUGGAAUGGACUGGACGCGCGUUUGAUCUUGAGACUCUGGAUCAAUUUUUUGGUUUCAAUCUCCCUAUGGACAUCACACAUUUGCAAGGUCUGUUAUCUGUUGUCUUCCACGCCCUGGAUGCCUAUUUGCUGAAAUUGCUCGACGAGUUAGUUGAGAAGAAUCAUUUAUAUCCAUCACCUCCUCCAUUGACUCGUUACAAGGAGACGACGAUUCCUGUGAUGAAGAAAAAGUUGCUGGAGUGUGUGCCUCUGGAUGAUAAUGUGUAUGACAAGUUGAAUAGUUUGACAAUACCCAAACUCUGCAUCAGACUGAAUACUUUAAAAUAUAUUCAGAAACAAAUAGACAUACUAGAAGAGGGGAUCAGAAAAUCUUGGGCACUUGUCAGACAUUCUUCUGAUAAAAAAUGGGACAAGAAACAGUCUCUAGGAACCUCAACAUGUAAUGAACAAGUUGAUGAGCUCUUUGCCACCACCUUUGAAAUUAUCAGGGAUACUGCAGCAAAUGCUAUCAGCAGACUUUGUGACUUUACUGGUGCAAGAGUCGUGUUCUUGGAUCUCAGGCGUGCAUUCCUUUUCGGUUUAUACUGUGGUAAUGUUGAAGGUGCUCGUUUGGAUGGUGUUCUCACACAUAUUGAUACUGUCCUUGGUCAUCUAUGUGGUUUAAUUGAUGAUUCUCUUAGAGAUGUCGUCGUUUUAAGCAUCUUUCGGGCAUCACUGGAAGGCUUUGUAUGGGUGCUGCUUGAUGGAGGGCCUUCUCGUGCAUUUUGUGAUUCAGAUAUUUUACUGAUGGAGGAUGACCUUGCCACACUAAAGGAAUUUUUUGUAGCUGAUGGAGAAGGCCUUCCUCGAUCGCUAGUGGAGCAGGAAGCAAAAUUUGCUGAGCAGAUACUGAACGUGUAUUCUUUUCAGACUGAAAGUAUUAUCCAAAUGCUGAUGGCUGCAAGUGAACAAAUAUCAUCAGGCUUAGAUUCACAUGAUCACAAUCAUGUGCGCUUAAAUAAUGCCCACACUUUGGUACGGAUUUUAUGCCACAAGAAAGAUAGAGAGGCCUCCAAAUUCUUAAAAAGGCAAUAUCAGUUCCCCAUGUCUUCAGAGUAUGAAGACACUCCGUCAAAGGAUCCAACUUCCCGGUCACCUCUCAGAUCAGAUCUUACGAAUCGAAGCAUGUCGUUUCAUUGGAACAAGAUGAGUCCUACUAGUUUUAAGACAUUUAAGAAGAAACUUCAAGAUGCAACAUCUGAAAUCAGGAACGUGGCGUGGUAGUGUGCAGCAAGAGAACGGGCUGUAAGGCAACUUGUUCUCAAAUAGAUGCCGAAAGGGCAUCGAGUUGGCUCUCCGGACCGGUAGAAGAAUGAGGCACCGAGAUUUGUGUGCAGCCAGCCAAUUUUUGUAUUUCGGUAUCCGUACAGCUUUAUUGGCAAACUACCACCGCCAUUAUGAUGCUUGCUAGUUUGUGCGUUAAUUUAUUCGUUGAACAUAGGGGGACAAAACAUAAAAUACCAAAAGACUAUCAGUUCUGUUAUUCUGCAGCGGCCCAAAAUUGGGAGAUUUUAGAAUAGUUUGCCCCUAUAUUGCGAGUAGAAUACAUUCCUAAAACCUUAAAUCAAGUAAUUUCGUACUAAAAUCCAAUUACAUGUAGCGUCGAGGGAAAAUAUUCUCUUGU